GGGGGUGUGUGCCGGACGCGGAUCCCCCUCGCCGGGCCCUUGUCGGCCCCUUCCCGGCGGCUCCUCCGUACCUGUGGCGGCCGCGGCCAUGGCGCUGCGGGCGGGGGGACGGGGCUGCUGAGCGGAGGUCGGGGCGCGGCCCCGCUGUGGCGGAGCGAGAAUGAUGAAGUCCUCUGUCCACGCAGAAGAAGAUGACUUUGUUCCAGAGCUGCAGAGGAGCAUCCACCCCAGAGAGAGGCCGGACUGGGAGGAGACACUCAGCGCCAUGGCCAGAGGUGCCGACAUUCCGGACAUCCCGGGGGAAUUGCCGCUCAGGUCCUGCGGCAGCACAGCCAGCAUGAAAGUGAAGAAUGUUAAAAAGUUAUCCUUUACAAAGGGGCACUUCCCGAAGAUGGCCGAGUGUGCACAUUUCCACUAUGAAAACGUGGACUUUGGCAACAUACAGCUCUCGCUCCCAGAGGAACAGAACGAAGUGACAAGGAAUGGCUGUGACUCCAAGGAACUGGUGUACCUGGUGCAGAUCUCCUGUCAGGGCAGGAGCUGGAUCGUGAAGAGGAGCUAUGAGGAUUUCCGUGUGCUGGACAAACACCUCCACCUGUGCAUCUACGACCGCCGCUUCUCGCAGCUGGCCGAGCUGCCCCGCUCCGAUGCCCUGAAGGACAGCCCCGAGCUGGUCACCCAGAUGCUGAUGGCUUACCUGGCUCGGCUCUCCAACAUCGCAGGCAACAAGAUCAACUGUGGCCCUGCCCUCACAUGGAUGGAGAUUGAUAACAAGGGGAAUCACCUGCUGGUCCAUGAGGAAUCGUCCAUUAACGUCCCUGCUAUUGCUGCUGCCCAUGUCAUUAAGAGAUACAUUGCUCAAGCAGCCGAUGAACUGUCCUUUGAGGUGGGGGACAUCGUGUCUGUCAUUGACAUGCCACCAAAGGAGCUGACCUCGUGGUGGAGAGGAAAACAUGGGUUCCAGGUUGGAUUCUUUCCCAGUGAAUGUGUUGAACUCAUCAACGACAAAGUCCCUCAGUCCGUGACCAAUUCGGUGCCAAAGCCAGUGUCAAAGAAGCACGGGAAGCUUAUCACCUUCCUCCGGACAUUCAUGAAGUCACGCCCAACGAAGCAGAAACUGAAACAGCGGGGGAUCCUCAAGGAAAGGGUGUUUGGCUGUGACCUGGGGGAGCACCUGCUCAACUCUGGCCAUGAUGUGCCCCAGGUCCUCAAGAGCUGCACUGAGUUCAUCGAGAAGCACGGCAUUGUGGAUGGGAUAUACCGGCUUUCUGGGAUCGCCUCCAACAUCCAGAAACUCCGCCACGAGUUUGACUCAGAGCAGAUUCCUGACCUGACCAAGGACAUUUACAUCCAGGACAUCCACUGUGUGGGCUCCCUGUGCAAGCUGUACUUCCGUGAGCUCCCCAACCCCCUGCUCACCUACCAGCUCUACGAGAAGUUCUCAGAUGCUGUUUCUGCUGCUACAGAUGAGGAGAGGCUGGUUAAGAUCCACGAUGUGAUCCAGCAGCUGCCCCCUCCCCACUACAGGACACUGGAGUUCCUAAUGAGACACUUGGCUCGUCUGGCUGAUUAUUGCUCCAUCACAAAUAUGCACACCAAGAACUUGGCCAUUGUCUGGGCUCCAAACCUCCUCAGGUCCAAGCAGAUCGAGUCUGCCUGCUUCAGCGGCACUGCCGCCUUCAUGGAGGUGCGGAUCCAGUCGGUGGUGGUGGAGUUCAUCCUGAACCACGUGGAUGUGCUCUUCAGCUCCAAGCUCAGCUCCGUCAUCCGCGACGGGGCAGGGCACAGCUCUUUAUCCCGGCCCAAGUCUCUGCUGGUGUCCUCCCCCUCCACAAAGCUGCUCACACUGGAGGAGGCUCAGGCACGGACACAGGCCCAGAUCAACUCUCCCAUUGUGGCAGACAGCAAGUACAUCGAAGUGGGAGAAGGCCCAGCAGCUUUGCAAGGGAAAUUCCACACAGUCAUUGACUUCCCUUCUGAAAGGAAAAGGCCUCCAAGCAAGAUGAAGAAGUCUCCAGUGGGGAGCUGGCGUUCCUUCUUCAACCUGGGAAAAUCCUCCUCUGUGUCCAAGCGCAAACUGCAGCGCAACCCCAGUGAGCCCUCGGAAAUGAAAGCCAUAGCCCUGGCAGGAGGACGAGGAGACAGCGGGACGCUCCGCUCAGCCAAGAGUGAAGAGUCCCUCACCUCUCUGCAUGCUGUGGAUGGUGAAUCCAAACUGUUUCGGCCCAGAAGGCCCAGGUCCAGCAGCGAUGCCCUGUCUGCCUCCUUCAAUGGGGAUCUCCUGGGGAACAUGAACCGCUGCAACUCCUAUGACAACCUCCCCCAUGAUGACAGUGACGGGGACGAGGGGCUCAUCCACGUCCCUGCCCUCAUCUCGCCUCGCUCCUCGGAGGAUGUGGACCUCAGCCCACCGGACAUCGGUGUCGCCAGCCUGGACUUCGACCCCAUGUCCUUCCAAUGCAGCCCCCCCCAGGCAGAGUCCGAGUGCCUGGACAGCAGCACCUCCCUGAUGGAGUCCAUCGAUACUAAUAAGGAGAAGCCAAGCCUGCUCAAGAAGGAUUUAGAAUCAGGCAGCCAGUCCCAGACCCCAGGCAGUGCCACAAGCUCUGAGCCAGUGUCCCCUUUCCAGGAGAAGAUGAGUCCCUUCUUUACACUGGACCUGAGCCCCACAGAAGAGCAGCCCUGCAAACCCCCCAGCUUCUCGCCCAAGACAGCCCGAAAACCCAUCAAAUCUCCACCACUGAGCACAGAACCCACCUCCUUUGUGCUGCCCAGCCGUGUGCCAGAGGCCAUGGGAGGAGUGCCCACCAUAUCCAGGAACUCCUCUGCUUCCAGCUGGAGCAAAGAGAUUGGCAUCACUGAGAUCACAAACAGGUCCCCAACUCAGAUGUCCUUGCCCCUGAAAAACAGUGAAACAGGAACAGGGGAAGGAGCCCACCAAGAGCUGCAGCAUCCCCAGCUAGUGGCUGCUUGCAAAGCAGAGUUUCCAGAAGAAGGGGAGAGAGCCAUGCCAAGCAGUCAGACUAAGACUGUACCCAGUGGACACACCCAGCCAGGAGCAGUUGCCCUCGACUCCCCCCAGGAUCCUGUUCCUGUCAGUUCUGUGUCUCUUAUCCCUCCUCCUCCUCCGAAAAACGCAGCGCGCAUGCUGGCCCUAGCGUUAGCCGAGUCCGCACAGCAAGCAUCCGCCCAGUCCCACAAAAGGCCAGGAGAUGCUCAUGCUGAAAGCACAAAUUAUGGAGAGGCUGAAGCUGGCACAGCUUUAGAAAAACUCCAUCUCUCUGCGGGUGCUCCCGACAAGCUCCACCUGUUCACUGCUCUGCCCGAGAACCGCCUGCACUUCCAGCCCGGGGCACCUUUAGAGCAGGACUGCCAAGCCGGGGAGCAGAACCACCCGCCCGGCGCACCUGGAGGCCAGGAGGCCCCACCUCUCCACACGGGCGUGCCCGGGGACACGCCUGGCAGCAGGGAUGUGGAGCAGGAGCAGUGCAGCUUCCACCCCGGCAGAGCGGGGGACAAGGAGCCCUUGGCAGCCCUCGCGGGGGACUGGGAGCACGCGGCCCUCCACGGCCCAGGGCCGCUGCCGGAGCAGGAGCUGCCCGGCACGGACGCGGCUGUGGAGCAGCCCCAGCUGCGCGUGGGCCCGGCUGGGGACAGGCUGAACGCUCCCUGCACGGCCGAGGACAAGCUGCAGUCUCCCUCCGUGGCUCCAGCCGGGGACAAGGGUGCUCCGGCCGCGGUGCCGUACCUGAGCACCCUCCCCAGCACGGCCGCCGAGCCCCGCGCCCCGCCCGGGGCCGCCCCCCAGGCAGAUGGCACCGUCCCGCGCACGGUCACGGCCCCAGCACAGAGACAGGAGCACCAGGCAGCCGUGGGACAGGUGCCAGCGGCCAAAGCACCCAGCGGCUCUGGGCAGAUGUGGAGCACUGCUGCACCUGAAAAGCCUCCGGAGUCCACACCUGGCUUUGUCUCUGAGAGCAGUUCCAGUGCCCGUGGCUCCUCUUCCAUGCCCAUAGGCCACCAGAGCCACCUGGAAAAGCCUCGAGAGAGCAUGAGGGCUCCCCCGCUGCACCUGCGCUCCGAGUCAGUCCCUGCUCCCUCCUCCUACAGCUUCACCCCGCCCGUGCCACCCGUGAGGACGCUGGAGAGCAAGAUCGCGGCGGCCAUGCACUCUAACAACACGGACACCAUCAACAACUCCAACUACCACUCCUUCCUGGCCUCCUCUAUGCUGGCCUCUUCUGUGGAGGAGGCGCUGCUGCCGCCGCCACCGCCGCCUCCUCCCAAGCACUCGUCCAUGCAGCCGGUGUACGUGCCGCACCCCAAGCCGGAGAGCCUUCCCGAGCCCGUGGGGCCUGACAGCUACCCACACGCCAAGCACCAGUACCGGCCUGAGAGUGUCCCUGCCCACGGCUACCACAGCAAGGUCGAGCAGCACCAGCCCUACCCGCCCCGCCCGGAGCCACCCGUGGCCGCAGGCGCACGCUACGGCUCCUACGGCACGCAGGGCAAGGGCUCUGCUACGGGCCUGCACCCCAAGCCCCGCGGCCGCACUGACUUCGUGUCCUCUGUGAGCCCCACGGGGCUGCGGGGCACCGGCUACGCCGAGGAGGCCCCCCCGUACCCCACCAUCCGCAGGGUGCAGUCGCUGCACGUGCCCAGCCCGGCCGCCGCCGCCGCCAUCCGCUCCGUGCCCAUCUCCCGCACGGAGGUGCCCCCGGACGACGAGCCCAUGUACUGCCCGCGCCCCCUGUACCAGUACAAGCCGUAUCAGCCCCACUCUGACUACCACGUCACGCAGCUCCAGCCUUACUUUGAGAACGGGCGGGUCCAUUAUCGCUACAGUCCCUACUCCAGCUCCUCCGGCUCCCCCUACUACGCCGCGGCCGACGGGAGCUUCUAUGACCUGGAUCCCUACAGCACCGUGCGGGUCCGGCCCUUUCACGGCCUGCCCAGCCGCGAGUUCGGCCCCUACGCGUCCCGGCUGCAGGGCAAGGGGCUGUACCGCUACCCCAGCCUGGCUGCCUACCCCCGGGCAGGGCUCAUCAAUCACCUGGGCAAAGAGCACAGCUUCGUGAGCAGGGACGUGCCCCCCGCUCCGGACAUCAAGCACAUGUACAUGUCCUGGGACCUGGAGGACAUGGAGAAGUACCGCAUGCAGUCCAUCCGCCGCGAGAGCCGCACGCGCCAGAAGGUCAAAGGGCCCCUCAUGUCCCAGUAUGACAACGUGGCCCCGCUGCUGCAGGACGAGCUGGGGGGUCUUGACGCCAUCCACCUGCGCAGCAAAUCGGAUCCUGGCAAGAGCGGCCUGCUCACGGUGGCAGAAGGGAAGGAGGGCAGGUACCCAGCCAAGGCAGCCACACCCGAAGGGGAUGAGCGUUACUACGGGCAGCACACGGAGCCUGAGCUGGACAGAGCCCACUACCACGGCGGGGGCUAUGGGAACGGGCAGCCGGAGAAGCCGUCCCUGCCCCAGAAGCAGAGCAGCAUCCGGAACAGGAAGAUGCACGAGCCAGGUGGCGGUAGCAGCGAGCACAGGACGCAUUUGCAGCAGGAAGCGAACCACAGGCAGCCUUCCGAACCCAAAAAUGGGCCCCCCUACCCUGAGUACAGGCCCAAGGGUGGCCCGGAGCCCUCUGAGCCCAUGGGCUACCAGCACUCGGGCAGCAAGUACAUCCCAGCCAGCCAGGAGACGCUGAGGCUGAACCACAAGGAGGGGAGGCUGGCAGAGGACAGGCCAGACCUGGAGAGGCCCCGAGGCAGAGCGCCCAUGGAGAAGCACUCCAGAGACUGCUACAAGGAGGAGGAACACGCUGCCCCUCCUGUGGCACCACCACCCAAGCCCGAGCGGAGCCACAGCCUCCGGAUGCGGGAGCACCCCGAGCCCAUGGAGAGGGACUCUGCCCUGCUGUACCCCUACCAAACCCUGGGCAAGCGCCAAAGCACGAUGACUGUGGUGUCCCAGUACGAUAACCUGGAGGAUUACCAUACCCUGCCUCAGCACCAAAGAGGGGGCUAUGCUGGGGCAGGGGGCUUCGUGCCCCCCGGCUUCCCCCACGUGCACAGCAGAACUUACGCCACGGCACUGGGGCAGGGAGCCUUCCUCCCCACAGAGCUGUGUUUGCAGAGGCCUGAGACAGAGGUGCAUGUCGAGUGAGCUGGGGGGGAUGAGGGAUAGAGUCUAAGCAGCCUCUGCUGGACAGUGGACUGUUUUAUUUUUUCAGUGAUGGAAAAAACCUCCCCAACCCUGCCCCAGUGAGCAAAGAAAAUCCCCCCCAGCCCUCCCCCAGCCCCCACUCACUGUUUUUAUGUAGUAGAGCUAUAGAUUUUCAUGUAGUUUUGAGCCACCUGGGAGGACAGGGCAGGCUGUUGGCGCACAGGUUUUGCCAGAGGCUGGGUAGGGCUGACACAGAUGCUGUUGGGGCAGGGAGGGAAGGAGUUUUCCCUUCCCAGAUGUGACAGUGCUGCUCCUCUCCACACCCAUGGUCCCAUGUGUGAUGGGCUGUGCACAAUGGGCUGUGCCUGCAGCUCUGUGCUGCUGCAAGCUGCCCACUCCAGGCUGCUUCCCAGGAAAGGGCUGUGGAGGAACCUCGGAGUUCAGCCCCUCAGAGUUACACAGAGAGUGGGGCUGGGGGAGGGCUCCCCAGGGCUCCUCUCCUUGCUGAGGCCCUGCCUGUCCUGUGGGUGUAGUGCACCCACUGCAGCUGCUCUCAGCUGGCUGGGGGCCUGUUUUCACUUAAAGCCUGUGGAAUAGGCUCCGAAGCCAGCUCAGAACAUGACACGCUCGUUACAUUUCUUGCUAUUUAACAAUCUGCUUCUGCCUACAAGCAGUCCAUUUCCUUCACAUUUCUCUGUUGUAAGCAGAGGCCAGCUGUGGGAGCCAUGUAGGGCAGGUUUGCAUUUCUCACACCAAAAGAAAUAAAAUACAAAACUACACCGAACCCUGCCCCCAGAGCUGGGAACAGCACACCCGUUCCAUGCCAGUCUUUCCUCUUUGCUGCAAGGAUAUCUGUGGCCCAGAUGAGCUCAUUUCAUCCUGUGGCUGGCAACACUCUGUCAUCUCACUGCAAAAAAUACUAGAAAAAUAGAUUUUUAAGAAUUCUAUAGCACUAUGUACAUCAGGGCCUACCUUGCCAGCUGUGUAUGACAAGCUGCAUGAGCAGCUGCCCUGGGCCAGGUGCUGCAGCAAUUCCAUCAGGGAGUGCUCCUGCUGAGCUUAAGCUGGAGGUCUCCAGAUUCUCUGCAGCCCCUGAGUUCCAGGCUGGGCAGAGAUCCCUGUGGAGUUGUGGCACACAGGGAGCUGUCAUGUGCCCAGGUGCAGCUCCCCCAGUACUCAGUGAGUAGGGACAGAAGGCCAGUGCCCUCUAAAAUACACCAAAAACAGUGUCCAAGCUGUUGAAAAACUGAUAUUGUGAAAACAACCUGGCAGUCCCUCGUGCUGCCUCUCAGACUCCCCAGAACUCACACCCCCUGUACAAAUAAAGCACACCCAUUCCAUUAGGUAGGGCUUGCAAGCAAUACUGGAGAUUUAGCAGUUUUUAAAUGUUCACUGAUAAAUUCCAAGGCCAUUCCUGUUCCGUGUGGUUGAAUAACUUCUCUACCUGUUUUGAAUCUUUAAUGUUUUAUGAAAAACCUGGAAGUCCUGCAGUUAGUACAUGGCUGCUAGGUGGGGUUUCUUGAACAAAAAGUUUCAUGGCUAUUUUUGGACUUUUAAAUCCUAAGGAAAACCUGCUUCUAGUUGCUGACUACUCUGUAGCUGUUUGCUUCUUUUAACCUUGGAGCCUUGUCUGGGGCUGUUUCAGUAACUACCUUCUGGUUCUAUUUUAUUGUGCAAUGCUGGUGUUUUAAGCAUUUUGUUUAGAAGAGUUCUCACAUGUUACGGAACAAAGUCUGCCAGUAAGAGAAAAGGAAGAAUGAAAAAAAAAAAAAAGAAAAAAGCAGCACUGUGAUCCAGGUUACCACAAUCUCCUUGUGAGGAAUUCCCAGGUAGAGGGGUUGGGGUUUUUGGUGAGGGAAUGCUUUUUGUAAUGUUUUCUUUUAAGGAAAACUGACAGAACUGCACAGAAAGAGGCCAUUGGGUGAGCCACCCUGUCUCCACUGGCAGUAAUUCCCAAGAAAGGCUGAGCUGCCCCGCUUCCUCGGGAGCCAGGCUGGAUUAUCUGUGUUCCCAGCAGAACUGUGAUGUGCCAGGGCCAGGACCAGCCUCAGCCCCUGAUUACCUGCCAGGUCUCCGGUUGAAGCAGGGACAAGUGUUUGCUUCAGGCUAUUUGGGAUUCAGGUAAUGAGAGCUGCAGGUCCAACCUCUCUCUCCAUGAAAGCCUUAACUCUCCCUAUGCCCCGCAGCCUCCCCCUCCCUCUGCCUGGGCCUUACGUCAGCCAGGACUAUCCUGCCACUAUGAGGAGCUGGUCCCAGCUCCUGUUAAUUGUAAACGCCUCUGGAUUUUCCUGCUCGAAGCCACUGUCUCCCUGUAGAGCCCAAGUGCCAUCCCUGGACAGCCUCUGCUCCUCAGUGCUGUGCUGCUCCCACAGAGCCGGGCUCUCCCUGCAUUGUGUGAAGUGCCAGGUGCGAAGCACCCGCUCAUCCCAUGGGAAACAAACCCUUCAGCACCUUUCCCAAAGGGCUUCUGGAAGUGCACACCUGUACCCCUAACCCAGAGGGCUGCUGCAAACAGCCUUUUGGGAAUGAGAGGAAGAAGACAGCAGAGCAGUGACUCCCAGCCAUCUCCCCUUCGGCUCGCAGCCACAGCCAGCUGUGCUCCAAGGGUGGGAGCUCUCCAAGAACCCAUGUCCAGCACUGCUGAGCCACAGUACAGAAUUAAAAAAGGUGAAAGCACCAGCUUUUCCCAAGUAACAUAGACCAACACCUUUGUUUUAUCGUGUGUCCUGCCCAUGGCUUCAGCAGCAUCCUGCAUGAUCCCGCCCUGCCAAGCCAUACAGUGAACUAUGCAGUCCUGUUCCUGCUCCUGCUCUGGGCUCAGUCUGCGGGUCCUACAGAGUUUUACGUUCUCAUUAACCCCAAAAUUCAUAGGUGAGGUUGGAAAGGGUGUCAUGCAUCAGAGUGAGGCAGGUAGGUGACACCAGGAGUCUAAGGUGGGUGAGCUGGAGGAUGGUGACAGCCCAGUCCUGUGUCCCAGAGGGAAGAGAACAGGGGGACAGCAACACAAAUAAUCCUCAAAUCCAAGUUUGGUUGUGCUCAGGCUCAGUAAUUCCUUGCCUAACCACAUCCCCACGAGGUGACAGCAGCUCUGUUCCUCAGCAGUUCCCUCACAUGGGCACUGUCUGCAUCGUCAGGUGUCACUCCCUCUGUUUCCAGACGAGGGUCUCCCAGUGCAUGCAGGAAUGGAGCUCCAGGAGUGUGCUCCAGCUCUGGAUUUUCACCUCUGCUUUGGAGCAGGAUGUGACCCACAGGAGACCUUCCUUGGGAAGGGCAGUGCAGUCAUAGGUGAGUAAUGAGGACUUGGCCCCUAUGAAGUCUUACGUAAAGCAUUAAUUUCUGAUUUUUGCAGAGUCUUAUCAGGUGAUAUCUAUAUGCAUCUCUGAGAACACCCCCACAACUUUGUGCCUAUGUCUUUGCAGUGAUCCCCCUCCCCUGCUCACCGCUGGGGGGAUCAGUGAGGAUUGCACAGUGGUAGUAAGUUGCUACACAAAACCAAAACCGACUUGAAAACGUCCUGUUCCUCUUUGACCCCAGAAGGGACAGAACCUCAAGUGUGCUCUGCCAUCCCCCAGGCUGGUGACAGGGCAUUGACUCGAGUGGUGUGUUAAAUGUCAGGAAAUCUGGGUGAGAAAUUGUUUUCCUUCCCUUUGUUGUGGCGGCUUAGGCAUGUUCCUGUUUCCCCAGAGCCCCAGAUCCCACGUGAAAGGCAUGGUGUGGUGUGAGCCAGCACCACAGCUCCUCGUGUGCAGAGUCUUGCCUUGUCCAGCUGGGGAGAGGGAGGGGGGGAGAAAAGGGUUGUUUUGCCAUUCAUUUUCCUGCUGUAGAAGACUUGAUUUUUCUUUCCCUGAGCCGCAUGAGAGGAACAUCCCAGGAAGUCUUGGGUUACCUUUGGAGUUCCCUUCACUUUAAUUUAUAGAGUGUCUUUUUUUGUGAACUGGUGUAAAAUGUAUAUGCCGACAAGCUCAUGUAUUUUUAUGUAAAUAUUUUUUGUGGUUUCCCCACUUGCCCUUCUCUGUAAAUAUUUAGAAUUCUCAUAUUCUUCUCACCCUGUAUGAUGCAGAUGUGGUUUUGUUUCUGUUUUUUAUUUGUACUGUAAUGCAACAAUCCAGACUGAGGUGUCUUGUGGUAUUAAACAAAAGCAACAGUCCCACUGAGCUCACACUCAGAUGUGCAACUUGACAGCAUUAAUCAAGCCAGGUUAAAAAC